GAAGACUCAGCCUCGCUCAUGCUCAGCCUCGUUGGUUUUUAGCUCGUACCCCACCAUAUAUCCUCAACAUGAACCUGCAACUUCAUAAAUGUUCAUGGAUCUAUGGACCCGUUAUCGCUCACAGCAAAUCUCGCUGCCGUCAUCGGCCUCAUCGACACAAUAUGUCGCAUCGGCAAGGAAACAUACCAGCUCAUUGCGGCCGUGAAGAAUGUCCCCGCAGAAAUCCAACAGCUGCAGGUGGAGAUGCACGAGGUGGAAUUCCUCCUCGAAAAUGUCCAUCGCUACUGUGAUGAGUACCAGGACAGAUUGUCCUCAAUGAGCUUGCACAAAACCUCGCCGGUUAUGCAUAUCUACUCAACUCUCAAAUCCCUGGAGAAAGAGUACGAUAAUAUCGCCGCCAUUGUGGCCAAGAACCUCGAUGUUGAGUCGAGUCGUACAAAGCAGAAGCUGAAGAUGAUGGGCGGAAGGGUCAAAUUGGUGCUUGGAGGGAAGUUGGAGCGUUCAUUUCGGAAUCUGGAUAGGUGCAAGAGGCAGUUGAGCAUGAAUCUGCAGGUAUUGGGAAGCUUCAAUGACCUUGCUGUUCAGAAUCGGUUGGAUAGUAUUCAUGAUACUGUGUCGACUAUCAGAGACAGUAGUCAGAUACCUCCUCUGUCGAAUAUCGACGACAGAUCUGCUGCUUGGUCAGAGAAAGGUCAAGACCGGUCUGACUUUUCUCAGUCACUCGAGGCUAUCGACUCGCUCAUGGCACAGCUUGCAGCCAUGAAAAUACGCAUCGAAAAGCAGGACGACAAUACAGAAAUUUCCAUGGACAGCUGGGACAACUUUGAAGAUGUCAAACGCGCUUCUCUGCCUCUGAUGUUGCUCCAAGCCAAGGUCCGAGAAGCAUUACAGUUGCUGUCGACUCCCCAACCGGGACACGAGAAGCUGGCCAAUAUAGAUGUGCAGUGGGUUCAAACUGAGCUGGAGAGUCUGCUUGCGAGUAGCCACGAGAAAGCUGCAGCCGUCAUCAAGACGAAUUCGCAGAAGAGGGCCAAUGUCACCCGUGAUUGUCGACGACGUAUCGCAAGCAGUACCCUUAACAAACAAAGAAACCGAUUGCAACCGACUCAACAGAUCGUAUCAUCGCAGGUUGUGCUUCAAGAUUCUCCCGCGGGCAAAGUCUCCAUCCGGGUCCAGUGGACCAAAGAUGCUGACUCGAAAUCCGCCCGCGCAUCCGAUAUUCUUCUUCUCCUGGCGCCCAAUCCACAGGUGGCCGAAGAUGGUCUUCUUAUUUCGCUUUCGAGGCUUCAUGACGGGUUGAGCAAGCCCACAAUCACGCGGCAUGUCUCAGCCUACGCGAUCGUCGAGACGACAUCGCCUAUAUUUACAUGUAUCGAGGCCAAUGACAUACAUUCACUACGGCUACUUUUGAAGAGCAGGGAUUUUUCUCCCACCGUGCGAAACACGGAAAAUGAGAGUCUCUUAUCUUUCGCUGCACGACUCCUCCGCUUCGAGAUGUGUGACCUCCUUCUCAAUGAAGGGGCGGACCCCAACCAUUGCCGCAGUGAUGGAGCAAACGCGAUCUACGACGUACGAAAUGCCUUCUGGUACCGAGCAACCAAUUAUACCAUCCAUAAAGCAACCCUUUACCGUAUCCUCCGCCUAUUCAUCUCCGCCGGCUGCGACAUCAACUCCGUCGCUCUCGGCGGCAGCCCCCUGCAUUUCACCGUCAGCCAUACCCUUCCCGGCUCGGAGCUCAUCAACGAGGAAGAGAUCGUCGCCUUAAUCAAUCUCCUAGUCGGCAGUGGAUGUGACAUCGAGCACGAGAACGCCGACGGCCUCACCCCACUCUUGUACAACGCCUGCAUUCCACGAUGGCACGGGGUUGUGGUGCUCCGCGAGCUUCUCCAAUGGGGAGCGAACCCGCACGCAACGUCCCACCUCGGCGAGGGCGCGCUACACCUGGCUAUGGCAUUUUCAGGCCCCGGAUCUGUGCACGGCCAGUUAGAGGGGGAUUCGUUGGAGACAAGGCUCGGCAUCCUGCUGCAGACGGGGUGCAAUCCGAAUCUACAAGACGGAUACGGACACACUCCGUCGGAUUUUGCGCUGAGUUCUCCACGAAUUUGGUUCCAGUGGUGUUUAGCCGUGGAAAGGGUUGGGCUGUCUAUGGAAGAUGUUUUGAGGACGGAGGGCGUUUCCGAGGACACCCGGCCGGUGCAAGACUCUGCAUCCGCGGAUUCAGAUUGGGAGUCCUGCAGCGGCAGUGACGACGAGGAUGGAAGUCAGGAGAGCACGACCUCCGGUACGUGCUCGGACCCGGAGCACAUCUUCCUAUGCUGGAACGGGUUCUUCCCAUGGAGUGUUCCACCGUGCUGUGCCGACUGUGGUCUGCUCUGCGAAUUGGAGGACAUCAAGCGGAGAAAAUGGGACGCCUGGAUGGUCUUUCAGGAAUUGAGAACAAAAUUCAUGACGAACAGCCUUAAUUAGCCUCUUGCAUGAUACCCAGCAUAUCCAAGCGGACCAAGCCUUUCAACUCUACACCAACUACAUCCCUCCCCUUCCAAGAACAAUCCAAUAGAAUGCUAGACCAUCUCCUCCUCCUCCUCCUCACCGCACUGCACACUCCCAACCUCCCCCACAGCCCCCACAGGAAUCUCAGUCUCAGGCGAAUAAUCCGUUCCAUUCCCGGCGCAGUCCAUCUCGCUGCAAUAGAUCCAUCAGUACAGCACGCA